GGCUUGACUUGGGAUGAAGAUGUCAAGCAAGAAUCGUAGACGAUGAUCGUGCAGUACGGCAAGAAGGAGACUAUUGUAUCAAGGGCAGGCGACUCUGGGGCAUGCGCAGCUACAUACAUCACACUAUUCCACUCUCAGCAAGAAUCGACGCUAUGUUGUUGCUCGCCAUCUUCCGCCGGGAGCUGUCUCGUCCGCAGCCAAGGUCUCCGAGGCCAAUUGUUAUUGGGUUGUUUCGUGCGUAUGGUGGCUCGACGUGCUUGCUCAACUUCGUCAUCGCUCCAUUGCUUUGGCAUUUGUGCCGCGGCAGUCGCCCGAAAAGGCAAGGUGGCGCAGUGUUGGCCGCAUUCUGCCUGGUCUGCAACACCAAACACUCCUCUAGUUUUUAGACCACUCCCAAGGUUUAGCAGACAAGGGCGAAGUACUUAUCUACCUAGGUACUUGCACACGGGAAGCUCCGAGGCUCUCGCACUUUGCCGUGUUCUCGGACGCCGAACGCAAACAGACAGAAUGCAGUCAGGUCUCGUACGUCACAAGGAUACCUGGGAGCUCAUG